GUGGUGUUGCUCGUCAUUGCAGAGUGGUAUGAGCACCAUAAAUAUUCCUGAUGUUUUUCCGAUUGUGCCAGUUCUAGCCAUAAAUCGUUAUCCGUUAUUUCCUGGUUUCAUAAAGAAAGUUGAUGUGAGUUUAAAAUUUCUCUUUGCCCACAAUCUGGUUAUUGUCAAAGAUGAUUCGCUGAAGCAUGUUAUUCGCAACAGAGUAGCUCUGAAACAGCCAUAUGUGGGAGUUUUUGUUAAAGAAGAUGACGAGAAUAAGGAGGAGGUUGUGACGUCGUUAUCGCAGCUCUACAAUGUGGGAUGUUUUGCUCAGAUUAUUGAAAUGCGUGAUCAUGGCAAGAUUUUGGAACUUGUUCUUAGUGCACAUAGAAGGUGUGGUUCUAAUUUUGAUGAAGAUAAUAGGAUUACUAAGAUGCAUUUCAUUUACCUCGCCAUUCUCUGUAGAAUACGAAUAUUGGAACCUGUUGAAGAGGGAUCUGCCGACGAACCCCAUAAAACACUUAACGGACGAAGAGCCGGAAUUAGAAAAAAGGGAUUGACAAUCCCUAAAUCUGUGCAACCGACGGUCGACAGAACAUCGAUUUUGCUAGCUCGUACCGAGAAUGUGAUUGCUGAACCUGCUGAAAGAAGCAACGAGACUAAGGCCAAAAUGCAAGCCGUGGUUCAAACGAUACGUGAUGUCGUACAGUAUAGUGCUCUAUUCGGCCAACAAAUUAAUCUUCUCUUACAUCCUUCUCAAAACGUGAUCGAGAACCCUGUGUAUUUAUGUGAUUUGGUUGCUACUUUAGUACAAUCAGCGGAUACAAAAGAACUUCAGGAAAUGAUGGAAGAAAUCAGUGUAUCGAGACGUCUUGACUUGGCUUUAGUUCUCAUUCAAAAGGAGAAAACGGUUGCAAAGCUUAAAUAUGACAUAAAUAAGGAUGUAGAGAAAAAAGUUCAAGAUCAGCACAGGAAAUACUUACUAAACGAGCAGUUGAAAAUCAUUAAAAAGGAAUUAGGUCUUGAGAAAGAUGAUAAAUCUACAAUUAUCGAGAAAAUGGAAGAGCGUCUCAAGGAUCUAAAAGUUCCGGAAUAUGCCAUGAAGAGCAUUAAACAGCUUAUAUGUCAGGUCAUUAAAGAAGAGCAACAGAAGCUGCAGUUUCUGGACCCACAUUCGAGCGAAUUCGGUGUGACUAGGAAUUACCUUGACUGGCUGACUAACAUUCCAUGGGGCAUAACAUCGGAAGAAAAUAACGACCUGCAAAAAGCAAGAACCGCACUCGACCAAGGACAUUACGGCAUGAAGGAUGUGAAGCAACGGAUUUUAGAGUUUAUCGCAGUUAGCAUUCUGAAGAAACACGUUGGUGGUAAAAUUCUCUGUUUGCAUGGGCCUCCAGGAACGGGAAAAACAAGUAUCGCUAAAUCUAUUGCCGAAGCUCUGAACAGAGAGUAUUUCCGAUUCUCAGUAGGCGGGAUGACAGAUGUUGCUGAAAUAAAAGGACACAGGAGAACAUAUGUGGGCGCCAUGCCAGGGAAGAUGAUACAGUGUUUGAAGAAGGUUCACACGGAGAAUCCUUUAGUGCUGAUAGAUGAAGUCGACAAAAUAGGUGGUGCAGGAUAUCAUGGAGAUCCAGCUAGUGCUCUUCUUGAAUUAUUGGAUCCCGAACAAAAUGCAAACUUCAACGACCACUUUCUCGAUGUCCCUGUUGACCUAUCAAGAGUGUUAUUUAUAUGCACGGCAAACGUAGUAGACCAAAUACCGGGUCCUCUAAAGGAUCGCAUGGAACUGAUAGACGUAAGUGGUUAUUUAGCAGAGGAGAAGGUUGAGAUUGCUCAACAGUAUUUGGUCCCGCAAGCUCGAAAAGAAACCUCACUUACGGAAAGGCAGCUAGUUGUUGACAAAAGUGCAGUGGAACACUUGAUAAAAUAUUACUGUCGAGAAUCAGGAGUUCGUAAUUUACAGAAACAUAUCGAUAGAGUUUUCCGCAAAGCUGCUCUUGAAAUUGCCGACCGUUCCAGCAGUAAUUAUGAUGAGUCUGUUACAACAAUUAUUGUGGACAAGGAGAAUUUAGAGAAAUAUGUAGGAAGGCCGAAGUUCCCUUCUGAUAGAAUGUAUGAAAAGACGCCUCCUGGAGUGACAAUGGGGUUGGCUUGGACCGCCAUGGGUGGAUCAGCCUUAUACAUUGAGGCAGUGUUGAAGCGGCCCGUUGAUUUUACGAGCGACAAAGACGGAAGUUUGGAAAUCACGGGAAAUCUUGGAGAUGUUAUGAAAGAAAGUGUUCGUGCUGCUCUCACUGUUGCUAAAGGGAUUCUUUUAAAAGAUGAACCAGACAAUGAGUUUCUUGAAAAAGCACACAUUCAUCUUCAUGUGCCAGAGGGAUCAACUCCUAAAGACGGACCAUCAGCUGGUGUAACUAUAGUUUCUUCAUUGCUUUCUCUUGCUCUAAACAGAGCAGUAAAGCAAGAUAUGGCUAUGACGGGAGAAAUCUCAUUAACCGGAAAAGUUCUCCCUGUAGGUGGCAUAAGGGAGAAGGUUAUUGCGGCUCGUAGAGUUGGUGCGAAGCGAGUUUUUCUACCUGAAGAGAAUCGUCGAGACUACGAUGACCUACCUGAAUUCAUGAAAUGUGACCUGGUCGUCCAAUUCGUCAGUGACUACGUCGAAAUCUUUCAAGACCUAUUUGAAUAA